GACGACACCAAAAAACGCGCUGCGACGGCCUGCAAGGCUGCUGUUACGACGUGGAGAGAAGCCCAACGCAAGGCACAAAUUAGCACAAAGGACGAGGAAGAAAAGAGCAUAGCGAUGCAGGCCGCUGCUUCGCAAAAAAGAGAGAGUUUCGAGAAUCUGAGACGCUUUGCAGCUUGUUUCUAUCCUGCCACAACUCUAACGGCGCAAAGUUUCGAUGUCAGCAAUUCGAUGCAAUCGCGCUUGACAGUUUCGCGUUUACGAGUGCUUCAUGAUCUUGCCGGCCGACAACAUGGGGCGGCGAGCGCCGGUGCCUGGGCUUCGAUUGCAGCUACUUCGUCGCUUGCAAAUAUAGACUCCUUCGCCACAAUGCGCAAAGUGCAUCGGCUUCUCAUCCAGGAGGGCCAGGGUGACGACUGCAAAAUAAGCGAAACGCAUGUGGUCCAUGGGGAGGCGCCUCUUAGUGUGGGAUGGCGGGUUUCGCAAGAACUCCUGCUGGAUCUCGAGGUUUGCCUGGCGACUCUGCGCAGUCUCGG